AGCGGCCCGGGGCUCGAGGCCCGGGGGCCGGCGGGCGUGAGCGUGCGCGCGCUCUGCAAGAUAAGCCCAGCGAUCUCAACUAAGAACAUCUCUUCUUCAUAGGCUAUUUGCCAAGAUACAGGAUGAGCACAUGUUGUUGGUGUACACCAGGUGGUUUUUCCACCAUUGGCUUCCUAAAGAGCUAUGCAUCUAAGAUGAGAACUAGUGAAUUUCAAACAGCUAAUGAAGACCUCUGCUAUUGCCUGGAAUGUGUGGUUGAAUACCAUAGAGCAAGAGAUGAAGUACCAUUCUUGCAUAAGGUUUUAUGGGAAUUAGAAACCUCACGUCUCAUAAAUCACUUUGAGAAAUCCAUGAAGGCAGAAACUGAAGAUGAUGAUGAAGUCUAUAUAGUAGACAACAAUGGAGAGGCACAGCUAUUUGACUUUAGUGGCCAAGAUUUUGAAAAUAAGCUUCGUGUUCCUCUUCUUGAAAUACUCAAAUAUCCUUAUCUCCUUCUACAUGAGCGUGUUAAUGUAUUAUGUGUGGAAGCACUUUGUCGGAUGGAAAAAGCCAAUUGUUCCUUUCAGGUUUUUGACAAACAUCCAGGAAUCUAUUUGUUUUUGGUCCAUCCCAAUGAGAUGAUUCGCCGAUGGGCUAUCCUGACCGCAAGAAACUUGGGAAAAGUGGACAGAGAUGAUUAUUAUGACUUACAGGAAGUUUUAACUUGCCUGUUUAAGGUCAUUGAGUUGGGGCUUUUAGAAAGUCCAGACAUUUAUACGUCUUCUGGCCUGGAGAAGGGUAAACUGAUACUUCUGCCCUCACACAUGUAUGAUACUACCAACUGCAAGAACUAUUGGCUAGGUAUUUGCAUGUUGCUGACCAUCCUUGAGGAGAAAGCUAUGGAGUCACUGUUGUUAGACUCACAAAAACAAAAUAAUUUCAUGCAGUCAAUCCUUCAUACUAUGGAGAAGCAAUCAGAUGAUAGUAACAUGGAUCCGUUCUGGCCUGCAUUGCACUGCUUCAUGGUGAUUUUGGAUCGCCUUGGAUCUAAGGUCUGGGGUCAGCUCAUUGAUCCUAUUGAAGCGUUUCAAACCAUCAUCAACAACUUGAGCUAUAAUAGAGAGAUUCAGAAUAUACGCAGCAGCUCUCUACGGACCAAGUUAGAACCGGAACUAUGUUUGGAUGAUAUGGUGACUUGCAGCCAGAUUGUAUACAAUUAUAAUCCUGAAAAGACCAAAAAGGAGUCAGGAUGGCGAUCUGCUAUUUGCCCAGAUUAUUGUCCUAAUAUGUAUGAAGAAAUGGAAACCUUAGCCAGUGUGCUUCAGUCAGAUAUUGGUCAAGAUAUGCGUGUUCAUAAUAGCACCUUUCUGUGGUUCAUACCUUUUGUUCAGUCCCUCAUGGAUCUUAAGGAUUUGGGUGUAGCUUACAUAGUAGAAGUUGUUCAUCAUCUGUAUUCUCAAGUCAAAGAUGUUCUUCACCAAGCAGAUGUUGUGUGUGACAAAGUUACUGAAUUUUUCCUGUUGAUUUUAGUGUCAGUGAUUGAACUCCAUAGAAAUAGGAAAUGUCUAAAUUUGCUGUGGGUUAGUUCCCAGCAGUGGGUAGAAGCUGUUGUAAAAUGUGCCAAACUUCCUACAGCUGCAUUUGCACGGAGCUCUGAGAAAUCACCAGGAAGCUUCUCCAAAGGAACAGCAGUGAUAUCAUCACUUGCAUUGCAUUCAAUGCCGUCUAACUCUGUUCAGCUUGCUUGUGUGCAACUGAUUAGGAGUCUCCUCAAAGAAGGUUAUCAGCUUGGCCAGCAAACUCUUUGUAAGCGAUUUUGGGAUAAGCUUAACUUAUUUCUUAGGGGAAAUCUAUCUAUGGGUUGGCAGUUGACUAAUCAAGAAACCCAUGAGUUGCAAACUUGUUUAAGACAAAUUAUUAGAAACAUAAACUUAAAAGGACCUCAGUGUAAUGCUUCUGUAGAUUUGACUUCUGCUUGUAGAACCCCUCUAUCUUUUAAAGAAGAAAUUGAAGAAAUAGAUAGGAAGCCUGUUUAUUGUCUGUGCAGUCCAACAGUUUCUAAACCAAUAAAAGUUGACAUUUAUGAAAUUAACAAAAGUGAAUCUAUAGAAGAAGAAGAAGACUUAAAGCAAAAUUACACUAAGGAUUUGAGUGUCAAAGACCAUCUCUCAGUAGAGUCAUGCUUAAAGCUGAAUAGUAAAGGCCAUUUUGCUGAAAGAACUCAAGAUCAAAUUAAAAGUACAGGGAAGAAGUCUGUAAAAGAGCUACCUUCAUUUACACCAAAAAAUAGUACUUCAAGAAAUGGGCCAGAAGGGGGAUGUGACAGAGGAAUAAUAAUAUCAACAUAUUCAUUGACUGAUGCUAGCACUGAUACACUAGAAAAAGGGUCCCCAUCAAAUGAUUCCUCUUUAAAGGAUGAAGCUUUUGGUAAGACCUCAAAACCAAAAUCUAAGGCACAGAAGGAUGAGAUUUGUGCAAAGUUAUCACAUGUCAUAAAGAAGCAACAGAGGAAAAGUAGUUCAGUCAUUAAUGCUAUCAAUUUAGAGGACAAUAUGGCUGGGUCCAACCUUGAGAACUCCUAUUCUAGAAAAGAUACAGGAAUUCAAAAGGGGGAUGCCUUCACACAUGAUCUAUCUUUAGACCCUAAAGGUAUUCAAGGUGAUGAAAAUAGAGAGCAAAAAUCUCAAAAUGGUUCGUUGCUGAAAAAUAAACAAUUAAAGAGUGAAAAGUUGGAUACUUUCUCUGCUGAUAAAAGCAGUUGUCAAAUGCAGGAAUGCCAUGUUGCUAAUAAAGAUUUGGUCUCAUGUACAGAAGUGACCAAUACCGUGGUAAAGAAAAUCUCAUCCUGUAAAGAUCCCGUAAAGACUGUUCUUGAAUCCAGAGAUAAGGAAAUGAAUAAGAAGGCAGAUCUUAUUUCUAACUUGACAGAACAGGCCCCUGACAUCAGUUCUAAGUCUGACACCUUCACAGAUUCUCAACUAGACAGAGACCUCCACCAGUUAUCUAUAGGUCAAGCCAGUGUUAUUAAGUUUCCACCAGAUUCUAAUAAAAACUCAUGCCAGUUCCAAAGACAAGAUAAAAAAUGUUUCAUAGGUAAACCAAAUUAUGCUGAUACCUGCUAUGGGCAAGUCAUUAUUAUUUCAGAUUCUGAUGAUGAUGAUGAAAGAAUUGUUGAUUUUGAGAAGCACAUUCAACAGGACAAAGUAUCCACUGAGAAAGUGUGUCCAGACCAGCAGGGCACAGUGGUUAACACUAAUAUGGAAAAGAAGGUUGUAAAUGAAGAAGACAUAAAGUAUCUACCACCAUUGGAGGACUCUGAUUCUCAGUUUUUUGAGUUUGAAAGCUCAUUUGAAGUGUUUUCAGUUUGGCAAGAUCAUCAAGAAGAUAGCAAGAAUUCGCUUGGAGAGGAGAGAAGUUCAUAUGUAACUCAUGUAGCUGAUAGCACAAAUAAUACUUUGGGUUAUGGUACAGAUGAUGUGUCUGAAGAAUUUGUUAAAAGUGAGGUAGAAAGCAUUGAAGAGCAUGUAGAACCAUACAGUAGUAGUGUUUCUGUGGAUGAAUUUUCUAAAAUUAAGUUAAGAAAAUCUAAGAGAAAACGAAAUGAAAAAGCUGAAGAUCCUCAGCAACCUUCAUCUUCUGACAGAAAUGAGCAGUCUGAUAAUGAGAGAGACAUUACUGGAAGUGAUUUAAAAAGUACAGACAUAGGGACUACAUCUACCAAUUCAGGUGUUCAGAGAACAGCUUCCAAUUCACAGAAGAAAUCUCCAAAGUCUCGUACUUACUCAAAAUCCACUCGGAAAUCCUCAGGUUCUAAAAGUCCAAAGAAAAGGCAUUCAGAUACCAAAAAAGGUCACCAUAAAAAUCCCUGUUACAUAAGUUGUAGAACUACUCCUGCUAUUGUGCCGCCAAAGAAAUUUCGCCAAUGUCCUGAACCCACUUCAACAGUUGAGAAACUUGGUUUGAAAAAAGCUCCUCGAAAGGCAUUUGACUUGUCUCAGCGAUCUUUAGAGUGUUUAGUUCAGUUACGUGAUCAUGGCAAAACUGUUGGAGUAGUUGGUACCCCCAAAAAGACUAAGUUAAUUUCUCCUCAGACACUUUCUGUCAAAAAUAAUAAGAAACUGCUGACAAGUCAGGAUCUUCAGUUCCAAAGGCAAUUAAGAUCCAAAACACAACAAAAUAGACAACUUUAUUACAAAAGUACAGGUGCUACAAAAGCAGAGCCACAUGGAGCACAGAAUUCUGACAUACCUGUACCAGCAUCUGAUGGGCCAGAUAAUUUUAAGGCAUGUGAGGUACUUGGUGACAGUAAUGAACAAUUAGUAAAAUGCAUGCCUUCUGAAACAGAAACUGUGAAAGCAAACUGUGUUUCUUGGGUGACUGAUGAAACUUGUCUUCCCAACCAGUGUGAUUCUGGAGUGUUAAAUGGAGGAAUACCAACAGAAGAAAUGAUUGUCUCUACCUCAGAGGACCCUUUAGAUGAAGGUGGUCUAACAGUGCAUUGUGUAGAGGUGGCAACUGGAGAAGUGGAACUUGAAUCCGACAGUGAUACAGAAGAUGACAAUUUAUUUUUAACACAACGUGAUCCUGAAGAUAUGGAUUUAUGCUCACAAAUGGAGAAUGAUUAUGAUAAACUCAUUGAAGUAGUUCAUAGAAAAGAUAUGGUUCAGGUAGAUUUUGUAAGUUGUCCUCAGUUGAAGUUUGUGAGUGGCAUGAAGUGUAAGCACAAAGAUUGUGGUGAAAUCCUGAAAAGCCAGGGUGAUUACUGUUCAAGGCACUCUGAAGCUAAAGCAGCAGAUGACGAUGUGUUUCGUAAACCUGCCUUGCCUCUUUCUGUAGCCAAACCAUUGAGACCUUCUAAUACCAAGAUUUUUAGUUCAAGUAGUACCUCAAGAACUGCUAACCUUUCCAAGUCCCUGGAAAAUACUUCAAUUCCAUCAGCUCCAAAAAAUAAAUCAAGUGGGGCACAGUCUAUUUUGAAAGUACCACAGCCCUCUUCUCUGGUAUCUCAGAAGCCAGUGGCUGAAGUGAAAAGUUUAUGCAGUAUUCCUUCUCAGACAAUAAAAAACACACAAGGUUACAAACUUCCAUUUGGUGAAAGCAGACCGUUUUCAGCUUCUCCAAUAAACAUUCUUUGGUCAUCGCAGUCAAUUUUUGACAUCUUCAUUAAAGAGGUCUUAAAAUGGAACUAUGAAAUGUUUUUGAACUUUGAUAAGUGUGGAGCUCCAUCAAGUCUUUGUCAGUCCAUCUUACGUCCUGUGCCUGUCAGAUUUCAAGAUUGUGGAGAGUAUUUUAAUGUUUUUCUUCCUUUGAUUAUAUUGAAUGCCUUUGAAACAGUGGCACAGGAAUGGUUCAACUCUCCAAAUAAAGAGAAGUUCUAUCAGUUGCAUUUACGCAAGUUUCCUGGUGACUACAAAAAAUACUUGGAACUUAUGAUUUAUCUGGAGGAAUCUGAACUAUCUAAACAGCUUCACCCAAAAGAAAAUGAUUUGGUGUUUUUGGUUCCUGAGAGACAAAAUGGAGAGAAGAAAGAUAUGGACAGAAAUGGUUUGCAAGAUCAUAGUGAAUAUUACUGUGGUUAUGUUCAUAAGUUUCGUCGCACUUCAGUCAUGCGUAAUGGGAAAGCUGAGUGCUCCCUUUCUAUCCAGACUCAAGAUAAUUUGCCAGCCAAUUUAAAUGAACUUAUGAAAUGUAUUGUAAUAAGUUCUCUGGUAACUACACAGAGGAAAUUGAAAGCCAUGUCCCUGUUGAGUAGUCGGAACCAGUUGGCCAGAGCUGUUCUGAAUCCAAACCCCAUGGACUUCUGUACCAAAGAUUUACUAACUACAACGUCUGAGAGAAUUAUUGCCUACUUAAAAGAUUUUAAUGAAGACCAGAAGAAAGCAAUAGAAACAGCAUAUGCCAUGGUGAAACACUCGCCAUCAGUUGCCAAAAUCUGUCUGAUUCAUGGACCACCUGGAACAGGAAAAUCAAAAACUAUUGUUGGCCUCUUGUACCGCUUACUAACAGAGAACCAGAGGAAGGGGCAUUCAGAUGAAAACUUCAAUGCCAAAAUCAAACAAAACCGUGUCCUCGUGUGUGCACCUUCCAAUGCAGCUGUUGAUGAACUUAUGAAAAAAAUAAUACUCGAAUUCAAAGAAAAAUGUAAAGACAAGAAGAAUCCUUUGGGAAACUGUGGAGAUAUAAAUUUAGUACGGCUGGGUCCAGAAAAAUCUAUUAAUAAUGAGGUCCUAAAAUUCAGUUUGGACAACCAAGUUAGCCACAGAAUGAAAAAAGACUUGCCUUCUCAUGUUCAAGAGAUGCAUAGAAGAAAGGAGUUUCUAGACCAUCAGCUUGAUGAGCUUUCCCGCCAGCGAGCUUUGUGCCGAGGUGGGCGGGAAGUACAGAGGCAGGAAUUAGAUGAAAACAUUGUGAGAGUUUCAAAAGAAAGGCAAGAACUUGCUUCAAAAAUUAAAGAGGUUCAGGGACGCCCACAGAAAACACAGAAUACCAUCAUCUUAGAGUCCCAUGUUAUCUGCUGCACAUUGAGCACAAGUGGUGGUUUACUGCUUGAGUCUGCUUUUCGAGGGCAAGGGGGUGUCCCCUUCAGUUGUGUCAUUGUUGAUGAGGCUGGGCAGUCUUGUGAACUUGAGACUCUUUCUCCACUCAUCCACCGCUGCAACAAGCUUGUCCUAGUAGGAGACCCUAAACAGCUCCCCCCUACAGUCAUUUCUAUGAGAGCACAGGAGUAUGGCUACGACCAGUCAAUGAUGGCACGUUUCUACAAACUGCUAGAAGAGAACGUAGAGCAGAACACGAUUGGCAGACUACCGGUUUUACAGCUUACUAUUCAGUACAGGAUGCACCCAGACAUAUGUCUUUUCCCUUCUAAUUAUGUUUAUAACAAAAACUUGAAAACAAAUAGACUUACUGAAACCACUCGAUGCUCAUCAGACUGGCCAUUUCAGCCUUACCUUGUGUUUGAUGUAGGUGAUGGUUCAGAAAGACGGGAUAAUGACUCAUACAUAAACGUUCAAGAAAUAAAGUUGGUGAUGGAAAUAAUUAAGCUUAUUAAAGACAAAAGAAAAGACAUUUCUUUCCGAAACAUUGGCAUAAUAACUCAUUACAAGGCUCAGAAGACAAUGAUUCAGAAGGAUUUGGACAAAGAAUUUGAUGGAAAAGGACCAGCAGAAGUAGAUACCGUGGAUGCCUUCCAGGGCCGCCAGAAGGACUGUAUCAUUGUUACCUGUGUGAGAGCAAGUGCCAUACAAGGCUCCAUUGGAUUCCUGGCAAGUUUGCAAAGAUUGAAUGUCACCAUUACUCGAGCCAAGUACAGCCUCUUCAUCCUUGGACAUUUGAGGACCUUGAUGGAAAACCAGCACUGGAAUGAACUUAUUCAGGAUGCUCAGAGGCGUGGGGCCAUCAUUAAGACAUGUGACAAAAACUACCGACAUGAUGCAAUGAAGAUUCUGAAACUCAAGCCUGUGUUACAGAGGAGCCUGACCCAUCCCCCUGCCAUAGCCCCAGAAGUGCCCAGACCCCAGGGUGGCUUGCCUAGCAACAAGCUGGAUGGUGGGCUUGUCAAUACAUCUUUUGCUUCUUCUCUGUACCACACACCCUCUGACAUUGUUACUUCAAGAGACUCUGAAAGACCACCUCUUCAAGAACGACUUCGGGACCCACGACUGCUUAGGCGAUUGGAUGCUGAAGCCAAGGGAACAUUUCUUAGGGAUCCACAACCCAUGAGUCCUCAGCACUCUGGAGCCACUCCUCCCUUGGGAGAGCCAGGCUUUCCUAUGACUUACCAGGACCUGGGUGGUGUUACACCACCAUCUACUGCCAUAGUAGCUCCUCUGAAUAAACACAGACUUCCCCUGCAGGCUGAGCCUCUAGCUCCCAACCCUGAUGUUUCCACGAGUAAAAGGAGAUAUGGUGACCCAGAUGGAAGGCUUAGUCACAGAAGAGAGCCCAGGGCUCUCCGUGAGGAGGAGCAGGAGAGACAUGGCUCUCUGACCCAUUAUACACUGAGGAGCUCUGACUGGGACAAAAGGAGACUGGAUCAGGACAGUGCCAAGCGGAGAAGGCUUUUAUAGUCAAGCCAAGUGAUGUGAUUGUCAGCCACAGGCCUUAUUGUAAACUUAAUGACAGCUAGUAGGACCAUCCAGCUAAAGUGAUUGUUUUUUUUUUCCCCCUUUAAAAGUGUCUGUGUGUUGGGGAACAUGGAAGUACAUCCUUCUCCGAGCCAUGUGUCAUCGUUGAUUUUUUAUUUCAGUGGCAAAUACUUCAAUGGUGUUUGUGUACCUGUAAUGGAGUCCUUGCAGUCAGAAAUUUUGAAACGUUGAUCUCUGUCCUCCUGUAGAGAAAAUGGUCAGAGUAAAUGCUAUAAAAGUUGAAAUGUAUAUUUGUAUAGCAAAUAGCAAAAUCCUUUUAAAACUUAAUUUGGUGGACUACUUUUCUUUCCCCUGCUUCAAUAGUUUAUCAGUUUUCAACAAAACUUUAUAUUUUUUAAAAAACAGGAAGACAUGUCCUUUCAACCAUUGCUAUAAUGAGACAGGUUUUUUAAACAGCUUGAGUAAUUGGGAGGCAGUAAGUUGAGUUUGUGCUGGUGGGUCAGCGGUCUGUGGCUAUUACAAAACUAGUUGAAAUCGCCUGAGGGCCCUUUGGGAAGCAGUCAUGUUGGAGAAUAUUGUGUUGACAUGGAGCACUUUUAGACAAGGCACCUUGGCACAGGAGAUUAACUGACAAGUUCACUUACCUAUUUUAAGCUAAUUUUUUUUUCUUUUAAAGUGGAAGAAUAAAUUUUGGAUUGUCAUUUUAGCCCCUGACAUUGUGAAGAUUGUAUAAAUGGUAGGGCCAGCCCAGCCUGGUAGAGUUUCCUCAGGUUGCUUCCCAUGGGAUUCCAAUCACCAGGCCACCCUAUGGUGGUAUUUCAGACAAACUGGAAAUACUCUGAAAAGAAGGGUAGCAAAUGUUGACAACAAGAAGAGCUGAUCUUUCCUGUGGUCUUAAGGAACCAUCCGCGGUUGGAGUUCAGGCCUGCACUGUUCUACACUUAAAGGGAAGCAGCUCAGGAUAGGAAGGUGCUGCCUAGUUGUGUCUCCUUUCCAAACAGCCACGCAAAACAAGCUUGCUGUCUCCACAGUUGUGACUUGUAGAGUUGAUAGCUUACUGGGCAGGAAAACAAUUCCCUGAUAAUGAAUGCCCACCAUUUGCAAUUUUUUCUGUCAUCUACUGCUUUGAGCAAACAAUCUUAGUAUCUGGAAUUCUAUUGGAGCAGAUUUAUUAAGAGCUUUGAGAAAUAAAAUUUGGUGCCAAAAGUUUGACACUGAAUUUCAUUACCUGUGAGUGUCUCCCACUGGUGCUCAUACACAUAACUUUGGAUGAUAGGGAGUAGACUUUGUGGAAGAGCAUUCUGAGUCCUUGUUGCCUCAGCCUCCUGUUUUUGUGGUGGUUUGUCCUGGCUUGUGUGUGGCGGGGAAGUGCAAGGCAAGGGGUGGGGAGUGAGUCUGCUUAGGGCAAGGGCUUUGUGAGCUUGGCCCAAGUACUGUUUUAAGAGAUCUCCCUGUUACUUUUAAGUUUACUUUCCUGUUAUCUUGGUAUAGAGACUUGUAAGGGUGACCACUUAGCUCAAAAACUGGAAGGCCUGAGAAAAACACUUGGGUCCAGACAUCUACUCUACUCCUCAUAUUAAUAUGUAAAUUAAGAAAUCAGCUUGAAAAAAUUUUUUCUCAAAAUGCAUACUUGGCUGUCCCCUACUUGAGCAGUAUUCUUUCGAAUGUGCUUUGAUCCUUGUCCUUAGACUGUGUGCAUCUGGCUUACUGCUCAAGUCAGAUGAUAAAAGAAUUAGUGGGAGCACUACAGCAUCCUGGUUUGGUUUAGUUGUGUGCAUGUGUGGUGCUGGAACUAGAACCUAGGGCUUCAAGUGAACAAGCCCAUGUCUUAGAACAGCUUCUCAGCAGAAUAUAGUUGUGCUUGACAUUAGACUUGCAGAGAAUUUCCUGUGUUGUGUUGUGGCCUUUCCUGAAGUGACUCAUUGUGGUGCUGUGGGUGUGGUGAAGCACAACAGCUUGAAAAGUGACUGCCUUGUCCUUGCUGUAAUACUGAAAGAAAGUGUCCUCAAAAGUCAUUUCAGAAUGAAAUAUUCUACUUAAAAAAUGUUUUGCUUCUUUGUAUCUGAUCUGCCUCAGAUUUACUGUGCAGCUUGUUUUCAUGAAUUACCAGAAGCAAAUUUGAUAAGUACAUGUGAAUAACUGCCUGUAAAUGAGUUUUAUAACACAAAUGUACUAAACUAUUUUCCACAA